GCCUCCCGGUGCCGUGCGGGGCCCCGCCGCACGGGGAGGUGCCGGGCCCCGCGUCCCCGCCCCUCGCCGCCGCCGCCCCCCCGCCCGGCCGGCGCUGGGAGAGCGGAGCGGGGGCUCCAAGAUGGCUUUGGCCGGGCUGUGCGCCCUGCUCGCCGGUUGCUGCCUGGCAGCGGGCAGCGGCCCCGCCGAGGCGGCGGCGGAGGCGGCGGCCAAGGAGCUGGAGUGCAAGCUGAAGAGCAUCACGGUGUCGGCGCUGCCUUUCCUGCGGGAGAACGACCUCAGCAUCAUGCACGGCCCCUCGGCCGCCGAGCCCAAGCUGCUUUUCUCCGUCCGCAACGAUUUCCCCGGCGAGAUGGUGGUGGUGGAUGACCUGGAGAAUACGGAGCUGCCUUAUUUCGUGCUGGAGAUCUCGGGCAACACGGACGACAUCCCACUGGUGCGCUGGCGGCAGCAGUGGCUGGAGAACGGCACGUUGCUCUUCCACAUCCACCACCAAGAUGGGGCCCCCAACCUGCCCGGCUUCGACCCCACAGACGAGCCCCAGACCGAGUCGGCAGAGGAGGAGCUGAGAAUCCUCCACAUCUCCGUCAUGGGCGGGAUGAUCGCCCUGCUGCUCUCCAUCCUCUGCCUGGUGAUGAUCCUCUACACCCGCCGGCGGUGGUGCAAGCGGCGCCGGGUGCCGCAGCCCCAGAAAAGCGCCAGCGCCGAGGCGGCCAACGAGAUCCACUACAUCCCCUCAGUGCUGAUCGGGGGCCACGGGCGGGAGAGCCUGCGCAACGCCCGCGUGCAGGGCCACAACUCCAGCGGGACGCUCAGCAUCCGUGAGACCCCCAUCCUGGACGGCUACGAGUACGACAUCACCGACCUGCGGCACCACCUCCAGCGCGAGUGCAUGAACGGCGGGGAGGACUUCGCCAGCCAGGUCACCCGCACCCUGGACUCGUUGCAGGGCUGCAAUGAGAAGGCCAGCAUGGACCUCACACCAGGGAGUGACAAUGCCAAGCUGUCCCUGAUGAACAAGUACAAGGACAACAUCAUCGCCACCAGCCCUGUGGACUCAAACCAUCAGCAGGCCACGCUGCUGUCCCACACCUCCAGCAGCCAGCGCAAGCGCAUCAACAACAAGGCGCGAGCUGGCUCAGCAUUUCUCAACCCCGAGGGGGACUCGGGGACGGAGGCAGACACCGAUCCCCAGCUGACCUUCUACACGGACCCCUCACGGAGCCGGAGACGCAGCCGAGUGGGGUCCCCCCGGAGCCCUGUGAACAAGACCACACUGACCCUCAUCAGUGUGACGAGCUGCGUCAUCAGCCUGGUGUGCUCGUCCCACAUGAGCUGCCCCCUUGUCGUCAAGAUCACCCUCCACGUUCCUGAGCACCUCAUCGCUGACGGGAGCCGGUUCAUCCUGCUGGAGGGGAGCCAGCUGGAUGCCAGCGACUGGCUGAACCCGGCGCAGGUUGUCCUCUUCUCCCAGCAAAACUCCAGUGGGCCCUGGGCCCUGGACCUCUGCGCCCGGCGCCUCCUCGACCCCUGCGAGCACCAGUGUGACCCCGAGACUGGUGAGUGUCUCUGCUACGAAGGUUAUAUGAAGGAUCCUGUGCAUAAGCAUCUCUGCAUCCGGAAUGAGUGGGGAACGAACCAGGGGCCUUGGCCGUACACCAUCUUCCAGCGUGGCUUUGACUUGGUGCUAGGGGAACAACCAUCCGACAAGAUUUUUCGGUUCACCUACACCCUGGGGGAAGGCAUGUGGCUGCCGCUGAGCAAGAGCUUCGUCAUCCCACCAGCCGAGCUGGCCAUCAACCCCUCGGCCAAGUGCAAGACCGACAUGACAGUGAUGGAGGACGCAGUGGAGGUCAGGGAAGAGCUGAUGACCUCCUCCUCCUUCGACAGCCUGGAGGUCCUCCUUGACUCCUUCGGCCCCGUCCGCGACUGCACCCGGGACAACGGGGGUUGCAGCAAGAACUUCCGCUGCAUCUCGGACCGCAAGCUGGACUCGACGGGCUGCGUGUGCCCGUCGGGACUGAGCCCCAUGAAGGAUGGCACGGGCUGCUAUGACCGUCACGUUGGUGUGGACUGCUCGGAUGGCUUCAACGGGGGCUGUGAGCAGCUGUGCCUGCAGCAGAUGGUCCCCCUGCCCGAGGACCCCUUGCUCUACAACAUCCUCAUGUUCUGUGGGUGCAUUGAGGACUACAAGCUGGGCACGGAUGGGCGGUCAUGCCAGCUGAUCUCAGAAUCGUGCCCCGAGGCGGGGGACUGCGGCGAACCCCGUGAGCUGCCCAUGAACCAGACGCUCUUCGGGGAGAUCUUCUACGGUUAUAACAACCACUCCAAGGAGGUGGCCGCGGGGCAGGUGCUCAAAGGGACAUUCAGGCAGAACAACUUUGCCCGAGGCCUGGAGCAGCAGCUGCCGGAUGGGCUGGUGGUGGCCACGGUGCCCCUGGAGAACCAGUGCCAAGAGGAGCUCUCCGACCCUGCUCCCGAUCCAGAGUUCCUCACUGGGAUGGUGAACUUCAGCGAGGUGUCUGGGUACCCCCUCUUGCAGCACUGGAAGGUCCAGUCCGUCAUGUACCACGUCCGGCUCAACCAGCUGACCAUCUCCCAGUCUUUCAGCAAUGCGCUCCACUCUCUGGAUGGGGCCACCUCCCGUGGAGAUUUCGUGGCACUGCUGGACCAUUUUGGCAACCACUACAUCCAGGAGGCAGUGUACGGCUUUGAGGAGUCCUGCUCCAUCUGGUAUCCCAACAGACAGGUUCAGCGGCAGCUCUGGUUGGAGUACGAGGACAUCAGCAAAGGCAACUCCCCCUCAGACGAGUCAGAGGAGCGCGAGCGGGACCCCAAGGUGCUCACCUUCCCCGAGUACAUCGCCAGCCUCUCCGAGUCAGGCACCAAGCGCAUGGCCGCCGGCGUGCGGAUGGAAUGCCAGAGCCGUGGCCGCUGCCCCUCCUCCUGCCCACUCUGCCACAUCGCCUCCAGUCCCGAAGUGCCGGCUGAGCCCAUCCUGCUGGAGGUCACCAAAGCGGCCCCCAUCUACGAGCUGGUCACCAACAACCAGACCCAGCGGCUCUUGCAGGAGGCCACCAUGAGCUCACUGUGGUGCUCGGGUAGCGGGGACGUCAUCGAGGACUGGUGCCGCUGCGACUCGAGUGCCUUCGGGGCUGAUGGGCUGCCCACCUGCGCACCUCUCCCGCACCCCAUCCUGCGGCUCUCCACCAUUCACGAGCCCAGCAGCACGCUGGUGGUGCUGGAGUGGGGGCACUCGGAGCCCCCCAUCGGAGUGCAGAUCGUCGACUACCUCCUCCGUCAAGAGAAAGUCACCGACAGAAUGGACCACUCCAAGGUGGAGACAGAGACGGUGCUGAGCUUCGUGGAUGAUAUCAUCUCCGGCGCCAAGUCACCCUGUGCCAUGCCGGCCCAAGUGCCCGACAGGCUCUCGUCCACCAUCUCCCUCAUCGUUCGCUGCCUGGAGCCCGACACAACCUAUAUGUUCACACUCUGGGGAGUCGAUAACACAGGAAGACGCUCCAGGUCCAGUGAUGUGACAGUCAAGACCCCCUGCCCUGUGGUGGACGAUGUGAAAGCUCAAGAAAUAGCAGACAAGAUCUACAACCUCUUCAACGGCUACACCAGUGGCAAGGAGCAACAAACAGCCUACAACACUCUGCUCGACCUGGGUUCCCCCAGCCUGCACCGAGUCCUCUACCACUACAACCAGCACUAUGAGAGCUUUGGGGAGUUCACCUGGCGCUGUGAAGAUGAGCUGGGUCCCAGGAAGGCUGGCCUCAUCCUCUCGCAGCUGGGGGACCUCAGCAGCUGGUGCAAUGGCCUCCUGCAAGAGCCCAAGAUCAGCCUCCAGCGCUCAUCCCUCAAAUACCUCGCCUGCCGCUACAGUGAGAUCAAGCCCUAUGGGCUCGACUGGUCGGACCUCAGCCGGGACCUCAAGAAGACGUGCGAAGAGCAGACACUGAGUGUCCUUUACAAUGACUAUGGUGACAAAGACUACUGAGGGUUGAGGGUGCCCGCUCUCACAUUGGCCCUCCCACGGGCGUUUGUGAGGGUUUUAUACACGGACCCAUGGAGGGGGGGAGGGUGUCGCUGAUGUUUCUGGAGGCAAAAAUUUGGACCGGGGAGUGAAACCAGCUGCUCUGUGCAGGACUGACUCAGUAUUAGUUUAUUCUUUGACUUGGCCAAAAGCCUUUCUAGCUAGAAGUCUUGUGGGACCCAGUUUUCUUGGUUUUGUUUUAUUCAUUUUGCCAAGAGGUUCCUCAGCAUCAGUGGAGAGGGCAGGUUGGGAGGUCACAGCCCUCUCCUCCUGCCCCAUCCCUGCCCUGGCUGUGGGGACCGUCCCCAAGGGUGGGGGACACCAGUCACGAGAGAAACACUGUGACACAGCCGGGACGGGAGAGCAGGUGAUGCAGGGUUGGGAAAAUGGAGGCAGGGCAUGCAGGUCAGGCCGAGAUGCUAAUGGUUAUGGCUGAGCAAAUGAGCAAAACAGCCACUGGAUGGCCAAGAGGGUUGGGAUUUUUUUAUUUUAUUUUAUUUUUUUGUAAUUCUAAAGCAUAAGAUCUGGAUGAGACCUGGCCAAGCAGUGGUGCUGUUGCAGGGCAGAGCUGGCGUGGUGUCAGCAGCUGGGGUGAGGAGAGAGGGGCACUGGUGAGCCCAUCUUCUCAGGUUCUUCUGUCACGGCCAAAGCCUGCAUCUGCUCCAAGAUGCAGAGUCCUCCAGAGCAAAGGUAGCUUGGCCUCAGGGCCAGUGGUCAGCUGGACAUCAUGAGCUUUCUUCUUGUGGGACCACAUUCUUAGGAAGUCAACUUAAAAAUCCCUUCUGUUAUUCUUAAUUUGUUUUUUUACCCACCAUAAUAAAGACUUUGAAGCAAUGUCAAACCACCACUCAGGAGACCCCCAGCCAAGAGAGCAGCACCCAGACGGCACAGAGGAGGCUGCCUUCUGCACCAGCCACCCUGUAGCCCUGGCCCAGCCUGGGCUCCACAUGGCAAGGGGAACGGGGUGUAGCGUACCCCAACGCGGCAGUGCAGGAUGGUCCUGGAGGUCCUGGUCCCAGAGGGGGCUCGGUGACACGGCGUGGUGGGCAGGCUUCUGGAGGUGUUACUUGCCUGUGUUCAGGCUCACAUCUGCAGCUCUCACCGGUGGUUUCUUUUUUUAAACCAGAAAACUGGGGUUGUCCUGGGACACUGGGCUUGGUUCAGAGCAAACUGUUCUCCAAUACCCUGUUACCACUGACAGUGUUGGAGGCAGCAAACAGCUUCCUUUUAGCUUCAGCUUCCAGCCUGGUUUGCAGAGGAGGCAUCUCUGGACUUGCCAGUUGUGCACCUUUGAUCUGGACAAGCCAGGAGCCCUACAGUGGGAUUUUUAUGAUACGUCUUCAGAGAGAAAUUUCCUUUUCAUUUUUUCAGCCUUGGCAGGAGCAAUCUUCGGCCUGUCUCUUACAAUUUUCUGCCUCAUUCCUCCUUCUACCUGCCAAGGACACAGCUCGAAUAUUUGUGUGGUGCUGAGUGGGAAGCGGCUGUGGUCUGCAGCCAGUCACAGCCGACAGCGCUGCAAUACAGUAUUUGCUCUACAGCAGUUCAGUAUUUUCCCACCAGAUGACACAGUGCUUUGCUCUUCCCUUCUCGCAGGCAGAGCUCUCCUUUAGGGGCAGCUUCUCUGGUCUGGAGAGCUGCUGGGAGCAGCCACCAUCAGUCAGUGUUACCUGGGCAUCCCCGUGCCAUUUCCGUGAUGAAUGUGUCUAGCAGGGGUCAUCAGGCAAAUGUCUUCUCAUUGGAAUAAGGAAGUCUACUGGAUCCUUUUGGCUUUUUCUCAUAUGUUUUUCCUUAUAUUUUGAUGUGCCUGAUGCUGCCAAGGGCUUGGGGGUCAGAGCAAGACCAUCCCCUUCUCCAUGUGGAGGUAUACGUGGGCAGGUAAUCCGUACCGAGCCGUUGCUCCUUUUUGUUUCAGUCACCGGCAGUCUUGGCCAAGACACUUUGGUUUAUCCUCUUGCUUUUCCCAGAGGAUGCUGAGAAAACUUUUAACUUCCAGCCAGGCAGCCAUCCAGGGAUGGGCAAAGGGCACCUCUGCUCAAAGCCUCGGAGGGAUGCUUGAACAAAGACUGCUCUGGCCCAGAUGCAAGUUGGUUGCUCGCCAAGUAAUACCGCUUACGUGGCCUUUAUAUGAAACGCAGACUGUUUUCCUUUGGGUAGCAGACUCCUCUCUUUUAUUACUUACUAGGUGCAGCAGCAGGGAUGGGAGCGGUUCAGUCUGCCAGCCACUCGCUACAAUGCUGCCAGGAAAACCCUGGACAUCCCAUGCGUUCACACCUGCCUAGGUUACUUUUUCAUCCAG